AUGUGGCUUCUCAACACCACAACACUCAAGCUCCACGAGUUCCAUUCCAACCCUCCGCCUUACGCCAUUCUCUCGCGCACAUGGGGCAAAGAAGAGGUACUGUUUCAAGAUCUGGGGACUGCAGACUACAAGAGGAAGGAGGGCUACCCAAAGAUUGAAGGCUGCUGUGCUCAGGCCAAAGCAGACGGCCUCGCGUACGCCUGGGUGGACACAUGUUGUAUCGACAAGCGGAGCAGUUCUGAGUUGUCUGAAGCCAUCAAUUCUAUGUUCCGGUGGUACAGUGAAGCUCAUGUUUGCUAUGUGCAUCUCUCCGAUGUCGACAACGAUCCAUUGUCAAGGUCUUUCGAGAAUAGCCGUUGGUGGACACGUAGCUGGACGCUGCAAGAACUCCUUGCGCCUACUCAUGUGGUGUUUUACGACAGAUUAUGGCGCGAGAUUGGGACCAAGAUGAGUAUGCUUGACCAAAUCGUCGUGAUCACGGGCAUAUCACGCAGACAUUUGUCAGAUCCAGCAAUUGUGAAAUACGAAUGCGCGGCUGAGAUAAUGCUCUGGGCAUCACGGAGAGAGACCACAAGAACCGAAGACAUUGCUUACUGCCUAAUGGGUAUUUUCGACAUCAACAUGCCUCUAUUAUACGGAGAAGGCCUGCGCGCGUUUCAGAGACUGCAAUCGGAAAUUCUGACGAAAACAGGCGACCAGUCCAUCCUAGCAUGGACGUCCGAGUCUACUGCUCGAGUCGGACAGGACCUUCGCGUCUCUUUCGCGAGCUCUCCAACAAGCUUCUCAACCACCUCCAUCGAACGAAUGGCACAGGAUGCAACUGCCGUAUCGAUAGACAACAUGGGUAUCUCUAUUUCAAUGCCAUUAAUCACAGCGACAGGCAAGCCUGCGCCUCGCAACGGUGCCGCCAUGAUCGGCAUCCUCAAUUGCCGUCGCGAGGGUAGAAGAAUAGGGAUACAUCUUUGCAUGGCCCCUGACAACACGAACUACAUGCGGCAGUGUCCGAACAAAUUGUUUGCUGUUGCGACAACGGUGCCAAUUCCCCCUCCAGAGAGAAUAUAUCUAUCCAUGUUCGAAUACUUCACAAUGCGGCAAAAGCCUCCGAAAGUUACACGGAUUUCAAUCCAUUGCGCAGCAGAGAGCAAGCGGUGCUACCGGAUAGUACACAUAGGCGACCAUUUUGGAAAUCCGAUCUCGUCCGGCGACCAAUCUCAAGAAUAG